UUCAACCCUAGCCUUUUUGUCUGAAUCCCCUCAACGCCCAGCCGACGACAAAUCCGCCUGCCAAACACCCGACCUCAUCCCCCAGGUUUUCUCUCGCCUCAGAAAAUUCAAGAUGACUCACGAGUCUGUUUGGUACAGCCGUCCCCGCCAGUUCGGCAAGGGCUCCCGUGGAUGCCGUGUCUGCUCCCACCGCGCCGGUCUCAUCCGCAAGUACGGGAUGAACAUCUGCCGUCAGUGCUUCCGUGAGAAGGCUUCGGACAUCGGAUUCUUCAAGUUCCGUUAAAUUCCUUCCUUCUUCCGAAUUCAAUUUUCCUAUGUUCACGACGGAUCUCUUUCACGUGCUCGGGCGCUCGGUACCAAAAUGAAGUGAUGAAUUGGGGAGAGAGAGGAAACUUAGUGUUGUCUCUUUUCGAACAAUCCCCCAGAGAAUCGCCGCGAAUCCUCGAACUUCUCAAAAACCCCAUUCCGCUCGGACAAUCUUCUUUCAUCUUGCUUCUGAAAACAAAGCAACCUUUGUGGAAUGGUGGGACAAAACGGUACUCGGGGAGGAUUUUGAAUUUCUUAGAGAGCGGAGAAAUGAGAGAAAAACAUGAAAUGAAAUUUUAAAAAAUCGAGGGAUGCUUCAAUAUCUUUUGCCGGUUUUCUUAUACUUGCUGUUGGUUUCGUCCUUGAAAAAAAGGGGUCAGUUGUCUCUUUCCAUUACACUUUUCUUUCCCAUUCAUUUCCUCUGGUUCCGUGUGAUAGAGGAUCGAAUUUACGGGGCUGUUUCGGG